CUAUGUAAAGCAGUCAUCUCAGCCCCAACUUAUCGCUCGAUUUUGAAAAUGGCGGCAACCAAAAGGAAAUUCACUGUUCCAUCUCUAGAAGAGUUGGACAAGGAUGUACAAGAAUCCAGGCGUAAUCCAAUAUUUAAUACGUAUAAGACAUCCAGCAAGGAUAUCGAAGAAAGUAGGGAUGGUACUAACUCGGCAACAAGUAAUGCUGGUGAUUUAAAAAGACACGAAGUCAACAACCUUGGAAGCAAAUCUGAGCUAACACUGAAUGGAGGGACAGGAUUACUCAACAAAAACUGCGUUCCAAAACAGGAUUCUGUCCCUUUUCGGGAAAUUCUACCUGCCCAGAACAAGGUUGAAGGAGAAGGAAAUAGUAGCAGUGAUUGUUCUGUCAAACCUACCGUGGGAAAGACAUUCCGAGAGACGUUUGCAUUUCUGGAGGAGACGAAUCAUUUUAAAGAGACAGUAGCAAAAAUAAAGGAAAAAGAGUGGGUUUUGAUUCAAUGUGUCAAUGGGCUCUAUAACACAGAUUUAUCUCUUCAUAUACUUGAGCAGUAGCCGGGAAGAAAUAAUUCCCUUAGACUCACCCUAAUUAGUUUAAAUGUCAAUGACCGUGUAGUACACGUUUUACUUCAUAUUAUAUUCUUCCAGAGGAGGAAUUUCCUCCUUCAGGUUUGAAUUUUCCCAUGAGCUUGCAGGAAAUAUUGAAAAUAAUUAUUUGCAAAACUGUCAUUUCAACCUUAACCCUUUAACUCCCUUGACCCCUGAGUGACUAAGACAGAAUUUCUCCUUACAAUAGCAAUACAUUAUCAACCAGAUGAGUGAUGAGAAUAAAGAAAAAAUAUCAAUUUGGGGAUAAUUAGUUGAUCCAAUCCUAAAUUCUCUGAACUAACAUUAUAAGAAUUGUAUGGUUGACAGUAAAGAGAAUUACAAAUUUGAUCUGGGAGUUGAAGGGUUUUAAUGGUUGUUCUUUUCUGUUAAUCCCUCCACAUUCCUAUUGUUGCAUUCUUAAUCCCUCCACACUCCUAGUGUUGCAUUCUUUGUUACAUUGUACAGAGUUUUUGUCAGGUAGUUGUUACCUGAUCCCUACUGAACACAAAGUGUGUUAUUUCCUUUCUUGAAGUUAUCAGUAACUUCAAAUUGCCAUUUUGUGUACCUCAAGUAGACCCAUAUGUACAUUUAACAGCCUGCAAAAUAUUUUGAUGUGUUAUCAUGACAUUAUUACUCGUGUUCUCAUUGCAGAUCAACAAUAGAUGUCAACAGUUCAUCUGUACCUGUGACUUCAAAAUCAAACAGAAAUGCUAUUAUUGUUAAUCCAAGACAGGUAAUAAUGAUGGGUACCAUGAUAUAUAAAUUUUAACCUUUAACUGCUAGAUUGAGUUUCUAAUUCUCCUAACUGUCAGCCAUACAUUUCUCAUAAUGUUAGUGUAGAGAAUUUAGGAUUGGAUCAACUAAUUAUCCCUAAAUUGAUAUUUUUCUUUAUUCUCAUCACUUAUCUAAUUGAUAUUGCAUUGAUAUUGUAAGGAGAAAUUCUGUCUUGGUCACUUAUGGGAGUUAAAGGUUAAAAUUAGUUCAGAUGAACUAAAUAUUUGCUUUUAUUUUUAUGGGAAAAUCAGCAAACUAUGGAAUGGGCCCAAAUGUUUCUAUUUCUUUCACUCCCACUUUAUUUUAUCAAGCUGCUGAUACUCCUCCAUGUCAUUGUUGCUUUUCUCUGGCCAUUCUUGAGUCCACUGGCCUUAAUAGGUCAAUGACCAUUGAUAGAUUGGAGGCAAAGCUUGAUAAGGAAAGACUCACCAAGAUGUUGUUCAAUUCAGUCUAAUAAGAAUACCAGACAAUGCCCAAGUAAUGGAAAUUAUUUGAUCUAUAAAGUAUUGAUUAUUUGGAGGACAUGGGAGAGGUUUAUAAAAUUUUAUUUAAAAAAAAAAAAAAUUGGCCCAGUUGUCAUACAAAGGUUUAAGAUCAGCUCUAGAGCUCAGUGAUUUAUGUUAAAAAGGAUGUUUUAAAUACUCCUUUUUCAUAAUUAACUUUAGCUGAGCAUAACUCUCUAAUCAUUAUAUUUGUUUAUUUUCAACAGAAGUUGCAAAUUUGUGUUUACAAAUCCUUACUCUUUCUAUUGAGGGAAAAAUGUUUGUAACUUCUUUUGUUGCUCUAUUUUUUGUGUGCUUUAGAAGGGAAAUCCAGUGUUAAAACAUAUCAGGAAUGUUCCAUGGGAGAUGGGAGAUAUUAUUCCAGAUUAUGUGCUGGGUCCUUCAACUUGUGCUCUGUUUUUAAGGUAUGAAGCAGUGUCAGUUCUUAAUGUUGUGAAUUCUUAAUGUUGUCUUGUUGCUUACUCUUUUUGACAUAAAUAAGCAUUAAAAUCACUUCUGGGCAGGGGCAGACAGGGAGUGAAACAAAGUGCAUGUAUUGUGGCUCUGGCUGUGAGGUCUGGCUUUCAAUAGGAAUCUUGAAAUGACAAGGUUUCAAUUGAAUAAUAUCCCUUAAAGUUAUGUAAUGAUUUACUGGUAAUUAUAACAAGGUCAGUUUCACUACAUGAUUGAUUAUGACUGUGUUUGCUUAUAAUCACAUAGCACAUAAAUAUUUUUAUCACCUCAAAAACUAAAAUUGAAUUUUUUGUGUAUUGUUAAAAUAUUAAUAUAUUUCACUGCCAUGUGUAUUAAAACGAUUAAAACAUAUCACUUACAUCUGCCUCAGCUUUGCAAAAAAGUUUUGAGCUUUAGUUUUCAAUAUGAUCCUACAUUUUGUUAAGUUUAAGGUAUCAUCACUUCAACCCAGAGUACAUCCAUGAGAGACUGAAACUCCUUGGACAGAGAUAUGAACUUAGAAUACUUCUUGUUCAAGUUGAUGUGGUAAGUAUUUGCAGCACCCAACAAUGAUCUAUCCUUUAAUUAAUGUUUUCUCCUGGGAAAAGCAGUUUGAUUUGUUUUCUUGAAACAUAGUCAAGAAAAACAUGAUUGAGACUAUAAAUAUAAUGAGACAUUGUGGUGUAUAGUCUUGCAUAGUGUUUUUAUGAGUUGUACCAUAUUUUGGCGAGUCCAUAGGCUAACCAAAAUACAAACAACUUUUAAAAAUACUCUUUAAUACUUCAUACCAAAAUGUCUCAUAAGUUACUGAUUAUCCAACUACUUUAUUUUCUUCACUUUUCUGAUGAGACAGGAAAAGCGAAACAGUUAGAGAAUUGUAGCACACUCAGCUGACAGAUUAAACAGGCUUUUUAUAAUACAAAACAAUCAACUGUUCAAAUAUUGCACAAUAUUUGUACCCAAUUUAUGCAUUUACUAAGUGCAGUUGGAAACUAUAAUGCUGGAUGUUUGAGCUCAAAAUGCAUGUUAUUUUUACUCUGUGAAGAUGGAUGAUAAUGUUAUAUAUUGCUGGUGAUGAAAAAGUCUUCUUAUAUUGUCCAUCCUUCAAAAUUGGAAGUCUUAGAUCUUUGUUAGAAACUUACAAGUAGUUAAAAAGACAUUUAAUUUGUUUGACUGUUAAUAAGAGUUAUCAUUUUUUUCAACAAUAUUUCUGUUUUAGAAAGAUCCUCACCAGACGAUAAGGGAGCUUUCUAAAAUGGCACUGAUGGCUGACUGUACUCUUAUGCUUGCCUGGAGGUACAAAGUUACACUCCAUAAUGUUGCAUGUAAACACUAUUUUCCCAUUCUGUUAUUUACGUCUUAGCUAUACACCUUUGCUAUUAGUUUAUAUCUCUUUAUUUGCAGCUACCUAUACAAACUGUCAGAAUUUUGAGAAAUUUUCCAUGAAGUUCCUUAAAUUCUCUUGUUCUUAUCACUGACCUAUGUCUGUUUAUUGGUCAUAUGUAUUUGUUCUUUUUCUGAUAGCUUUUACAGGAAGCAGGAAGAUUUUUUAUUUGACUUGUAACUUGUGUAUGUCUGUUUAUUGUCAUACUUUUAUAGUUCAGAGGAAGCAGGAAGAUAUCUUGAAACUUACAAAGUUUAUGAAAAUAAACCACCUGAUGCUCUUCUUGGUCAAAGUGAAGGAGAUUACCUCAGCAAGGUGAUAUUUCCAUUAUUCUUUGUGUGUUUACAGUCAAAGGUUUUACUUUGAAAGCUUUAAAUAUUGUAAGCACAAGUAUACUUUAGAGGAACUUAAUUUGGUUUUCAUUUAAAAAGGUGAGAAUGAAGUAGGGCAAAAGAUGAAAAUCUGUAAUUAAUUAGAUAACAUUUAUUAGCUCUGGAUGGUAGAGUAGAAAGAGGAGUACAUGUAGAGACCUUCAAUUUAUUUUUGUUGCUUGUGUGGUAAAUUUUAAAGCAGAUAGCAAAAAAAUUAAGGAUAUAUUAGUACUCCUCUAGAGCAUAUCUCUGUGUUUACUGAUGUUGAGAUGUUCAGAGAAUAAAACAAUCAAAUAUUGUUUCCCUUAUUUCUUACUUAUUUUGUCUUAUUGUGUAAUCAAGUUAUAGUCACUGUUUCAAACUAUCAAUAAGGUCUUAUUUCUUCUCAAUCCAGCUCACGGAUUGCUUAACCACUGUGAAAGGAGUAAACAAAACAGAUGUAGUGUCUCUCAGCUCCACAUUUGGGGUAAGAGCUUGCAUUCAAUCUCCUGGUUCAGUUGAUCUACCUUCACUUUAACAAAAUUAUAUAAAGAAAUAUAAUGGAAAAAUUUUUUAUGGGGUGAUGGUCUGGAGAGCAAGCAUGAUUUUGGUGAGUGAGUGCUCAGUUAGAGUAUUUUUUUUUUUAAGUAAAUCAUGGCAGCCACCUUUGAGUUUUACAGCUGCAGCAGAAGCCUGGAAAGAAAAUUAAAUUUGUACCAACAGGGUGUAUGAUGGGCAAAGGGAAGAAGAGAGGAGGGGUGGAGGAUUUGACUCUGAAUCAAUCAUGGUAGAAUAGAAGAUUGCAAGCUUGUAAUGUUAACUUGUCCUAAUAAUAGAAUGAGGAGGGAGGGUUUUCUUACUUUUUUUGAGGGGGGUUCUAUGAAUCAUGUACUAAAAAUGACUUUCUGUUGAGCAGUAGCUAACUAUGUCUUAAUUUUAGACAUUAACCCAGUGCAAUCUUUAUAGUAUACUGCAUACAGAAAGCUAAAGGAAAAUUUGGGGUAUGUUCUCACCAUGCAGAAAAAAAAAGGUUAAAUAAUUUUAUUUUCAUGUACCAGUCCACUGUGAGAUAGAUUUGAAGUAUGAAAUGCCCAUUUUCAUGGUAAACCAAUGUUAUAAUUUGAGUGAAAAUAAUUUUUUUUUAAAUUAUUUUACAUCAAGUUGUUGAGAAAAGCAAAGGAUUUGUUUUGCAAUUUUAUUGGUCAAAAGGGUACUUUCUAUUCUAUAUUUUGUUCCAAGUUUUAAUUUGUUUAUUUGGAAAGCAAUCUAUAGCAUCAAACAAAGUGUCAUUAUGAUAAUACAUUCCUUAACAAUUUAAGAAGAGUGUCAUAUGACAUUGUAUAGUUCUAGGCUUUCCUCGACAAGAAAGAGCUUCUUUUUAAGGGUUAUCUUUACAGCUUUACAGAAAUUAUUGUUUUCAUUGUCAAAUUUUAUAAUGAAUGAUGCAGAACAAUUCCUGAAUUCCAAAGAGGGCUUAUGUGGCAUCCUCCAAAAAGCCAGAUUACAUUUAAUACCUUUGAUUCUCUCUCAUUUAACAAUUAAGUUAUUGCUGGUUUGAUAUCCCUGAAAACUUCAAAAUUUCCUUUAGCUGUUCUUGUCUGCAAAGUACUGAUAAAGCUUCAUCAUUUACAUAUCAUAACUAUGAUUGUAAUAUUUUUUUAACUCUUGUAGUCCCUUGCUAAUAUGGCAACAGCCUCAAAGGACGACUUGGCUUUACUUCCUGGAUUUGGGCCUUUGAAGGUUUGCAUGGUGUAUUUUUAAUUAGUGGUGAAGGUUAAACUUCUUCUUUCAAUAGAAAGUAGUAAGAUUUCUGAUUAUUAUCAUUGUUAUUAUUAUUAUUGUAAUUACUAUAAUUAUAAUAAUAAUUAUUAUUGUUAUUAUCAUUAUUAUUAUGAUCAUCAUUUUAAUUAUUACUUUGAUAUACUAAGUACUUUGGAAAGCAACUCUGAGGGAGUGCACUAGGAGAACAUUUUACUAUUGAAACCAGAUCAUGUCAUUUUUCUUCAUGAAAAAAGGUAUAAUCCUGCACUCUCCUGUGAGUUCUGUAUUGAAUUUGAGCAAAUCGAAAUUAUUCCUAUCUUAACACAAUGGUUAUCAAUGAAUUCAGAUUUUACUGUUAUAAGGCAUGAUUUUAUUAAUGCUUUCCAGUAAUUUGUAAUUGACUAUUUAUUUAUUUAAUCUUUAUUUAGGCUCAGAGACUACAUAACCUGAUUCAACAGCCAUUUGUGGCCAAAAAAGCAAAAUCAUCAGAAGUUAAAGAAAGGUCAUGAUAUUUAUUUAAAUUAAUAGCAUGUCAAGUCCAUCAUGUUAAGAAAGACAAAGGAAAUAGAUUGCAAAACUUAUUACUGGUAACUAUACUGUAAAUAGUUAUUUAAUUCAUACUGCUCUGUAUAUACUCACAAUUUAUGCACACCGACUGUACAGAGGUAAUUAAAUGUGAUCAAAAUGUUGGGGUGUAUGCAGAAAAUUACAUUGUCUCCCAGCUGAAACAAUUUUCCUCAAAUGUUUUCAACAUUCAACCCAGAAGGUAAUGGAAAUUGUUCAUCAUAAUUUUACAAAGAAGGAGAAAGAAACUUUUACAUACAAUACAAAUCAAAGAUUUACAGGUGCACAAGCUCAUGAAUAAAUGUCAGUCACUUUCCAACUUAAGAGUCCUUUUCUGUUGCCUGCAUAAUCAGUGUUUUUUUUUUUUUUUACCAUUUAGCUUUUUAUGACCAUUUUUUCAUUCCUAUCCAUUCCAAAUUUUAUUGAGAGGUACAGUUGUAUUCUAUUGCUGUUCUCCUGUUUGUUUAUGUUUUUGCAUGAGCUCACAUUGGAAGAUAGUGUUAUGAAGUUCACUUAUUACAUUCUAUGACCAUUUUGGAUUUAUGUUUACUUAAAAAUUUUUUUAAUGUAUAUGCUGUGCAGUUACUUCCUCAUGGUAGUAUUAUUAAGCUGGAUAUGGUGAUAUUAGCUAAAGGUAACUGUAAAGUUGCUUAGAACAAGCUUUACCCUGUAUUUAAGCUCUACCUAAUAUAUUUGACUCCAUUCAAUAUAACUAUUGUUAGUCAUUUCUUGUUCAUUCGCUUUGGUUGUGGAAAUAUUGCAAUAAGUUUAUCAAUCCUUCCCCUUCAAAUUUUCUUUAAAAUUAAGCAUUAGAUCAUAAUUAUCACAGAAUAAAUAUCAAUGGUCUAGAUCCUUUGUAAAGUUCAAUCACUACACAGUUGUAUUAAUUUAUUAGCUAGUAGUCCUCUUGAAAUAAAUUAAAUUAUCUUUUGAUUCUAAGGGACUAACAUGUCUUGAAUUAAAUUGACAAAAUUUGUCACUGACUGUAAACCAAGAAGUGGAUGAAGAGACUCUCAUAGGAUACAAGCAUCAAAAUACCCUAAUCCAAAUAAACCUCCGGGAGGGGGGGAGAGGGGGUGGGAGCUUAUUAAUUUUGAGAGCUCCUAGACAGGGAACUAAGUUAAGGGGAAAAUUUAAAAUGAAACCUUUGUCUUCUUUGUACUGAAACACUAUCUAACCUGAAUUUAUAAUUGGCUAUUCUUCAGUAUACCUGUUUGCAUGGCAUUACUUUGCCCUGCCCUUGUUAUUGUGGGUUCUAUAAGGCAGAAGGAAAGGGCAUUAAAGAAACCUUAAGCUCUCACUGGGAGCCAUAUUUAACUUGUGCAUUGCUAGCUAAGUUUUAAGGCAUUUUGACCAGUCAACCUUUGAUGCUGGACACAUGCCAUAAACUGAGAGCCCCAUUAGUACAUAUAUAUAUUUCAAUCAGGAAAAUCAGACAUGAGAUUCUCUCAGUUCAUGUUACACCCACUCCCCAUAAUUGGACACAGAUCUAAUAUUUCUGGGGGGAAACAGGUAUUCAAAGUAUAAACGGUAUCAAAAAUAUUAUAUAUUAAUUAAGUUUGUUGUUACAGUAUCAGUCGAUUGCAAACAAACACGUACUUCCCAAGUCCUAAAUAUUUAAGUUCAGUCCAGUCAAAUAUUCCGGACUGAACUCCUGGUAAGAGCAGGCCUGGCAGCGUAGCGUAGUACAACUUCGUAGUGAAGCAAAUAUUUCAAGUGAAGGCAACUGAAUGAGUAACUAUUAUGCCGCCUUACCGCAGAUCAUCUAACCAAAGCGAUAUGCAAGGCCUGGUUCGUAAAUGUGCCUUGAUAGGUGUGGGUAUUAGCUUCGUUAUUGCGCUUUUUUACUGGUGGUUGCCGGGCGAGAGCACGGUGCAUUCUACUGGAAACAGUGCAAGUAUUGACUAUUAUCACAGAAUUGCUUGUGAUAAGAAAUACAACGACACAUAUCCUCUGACUCGUCCAGAAACCACAGCACAGGGAAAGAGAUUUAGAAUCGGCGUCAUUGCGGAUCUUGAUGAAAAUUCGAAGUCUUCCUCCAAAGCAAACACAUGGACAAGUCAAUUCAAACGUGGAUAUUUAACACUCCUUAACAAUGGACGGGUUUCCGUGGAGUGGGAUCAAGAUAUAGUUAUUUUAUCCUCUACUUUGUCUCAGAAGGGAAGGGGAAUGGAACUUUCGGAACUUAUAGUUUUUAAUGGGAAGUUGUACGCUGUUGAUGACCGCACUGGUGUUGUUUUCCAGAUUCACGACAAGCACACUAUUGCUUGGGUGAUUUUACCAGAUGGAGAUGGCACGGAAGCUAAGGGAUUUAAAGCAGAAUGGAUGGCAGUCAAAGGUAAAACUCUCUACAUUGGUGGACUUGGAAAGGAAUGGACUUCUGUUGAGGGAGUUUUCCAAAAUCAUAAUCCACAGUGGGUGAAAAGCAUUGGGCCUAAUGGAGAUGUGGUACAUCAUGACUGGGUGUCCAGGUAUGAAGGCUUGCGAGGGGCCUUAGGGAUCCAGUACCCAGGUUAUGUUAUACACGAAGCAGCAAACUGGAGUGACAAACAGAAGAAGUGGUUUUUCUUGCCGAGGAGAGCCAGCCAUGAGAUGUAUAAUGAGAAAGAUGAUGAACAUCGUGCAACAAAUGUAUUGAUAUCCUGUGAUGAAAAUUUCACAAACUUUCAUGUGCACACCAUUGGGGAACUUAAUUUGACUCACGGGUUUUCUUCAUUUAAGUUUAUUCCUGGGACAGAUGAUAACUUGUUUGUUGCACUGAAGACUGAGGAAGACAAAGGAACCAUUCGUUCAUAUAUUGUGGCCUAUGAUAUUCAUGGAAGGAUGCUUAUGGAUGAGAUUCUAAUUGGCAACAAUAAGUUUGAAGGAAUAGAAUUUAUAUGA